CUCUAACUCUUUAACGUUUGUGAAUAUAAUUGAUAAAAUGAGCAAUAAAACACACCAUAGGUCUCACCUUGUUAACUAGUGAAUCAGGUAUUAAACACCCAAAGCUGUGACCAUCUGACUCUGUCCAGACUAAUCAGGCCUCAUCAGCUCCACACUGACCAUCACUAAGCUUUAGCACUAAAAUAGAUGGACUGAUGGAUGCUUCCUGAAUAUAACAUCAAUAUAUUUUAUAAAAUGUUCAUUUACCUUUAGCUGACACAUUAACCACAGAGUGUUGCAUGAUAUUUUGUUAAAUCUCUAACAUGAGUGACACAAAUUAGCAUGCUCUUUAUUUCUUGACCUAGGACGACACCUAAAGACAUUCAAAUGCCUGACUCAUCCCAUAAUCCUUUGCACCUCAUGUCUUAAAGCUAAAAUGGCGUUUUAACACAUAGUUCUACAUGUUAUCCACCAGAUCAGCCAUCUUUUAUUAACAGACCUUGUUCCAGGAAACGCGUACAACAGAUUAUCUGAUAUGACCACCAUUUUAACACUUAACGUCCACUUCCGUUCCUACACACAAACACACCCACACAAAAUGUGAUUAGAAAUGUGCUGAUAAGUUUCCAUGGUGAUGCUCUGUGAGAUGCAUGUUCCGCCAUCGUUCUUAGAUUUGUUGCUGGGCAGCAAAAGGGCCCUGAGUCUAAGUUUUACCCAGAAAGGUUUCUGUAUGAUUAGUUUCUCUCACAACUUCCUCAAAAUAUCCACAAGUAUGCACAGUAUCUGUACAGCAAGCUAUUAUUGUUCAUUGAGCAAAUGUUAUUUAUGAGGCUGUUCUGUUCUGGUGGUGGUGACCUGCAGCCUAUAACAGGUAGGAGGGUAAAACUAGACAGGAUGGUGCUCAGCAGAUGAAGGUCAGUCAGUAUCAGAAAGUCAAAGUUACUGUUUUAAUAUUUCUCUCUCUGUGUAAAGUUCACACAUCAAAACAGGAGAAUGUUUAAAAAUGAGAAUGAGCAAACUGUUUUUUGCAAACUAUUAUAUAGCAACUCUGUAUGGCAACAUGGAUUCAAAUUUAGUGUUUUUUGUUAAUUUGUAUAUUUUUUUGCAAGCCUGAACAGAAUGUUGUGUAUAAGGUUAAAAUAUCUCUGCAACGGACAGGAAAUACAAACCAGCAUCAAGUGAUGCAGCCUCAGUGGCUGCUGUGGUGUGAAGUUAGUAUGAAAGGGAAGGAAACACAGAGAGGGGAUACUAAGAAGUAGAAGCAUAAAACUUAUUGAUGUCAUAUAUAUUUUAGACUUAACUUCUCAUUUUAUAUGAACACAAUUCAAACCAAGUAGAAGCCUUUCAGUUGAGCUGUGCAGCCGUUCUGGAUGCCAGGAUGAAACCUGCUCUGCUCUGCAUGCUGGGCUUUUUCUUGCUCAGUUCUGUGUUUCAUGGAUGUGCUGAUGCAGAUAAAAUAAUACAGCCUGUCAACGUCACUGAUCCAAACACCAACAAACCUCCUGCAGAAAUCAAGGCAACUCUGACUGCAGACGAAACAACCAUACCACCAGGGGGCAGUGUGACAUUAACCUGUUCUGUGGACAAACCUGCUGGUUUAACAUUUGAGCUCUUCAGAGAAUCUCCACCCACCUAUCAGACCAGAGUUUCUCCUCGAUCAGAUGGAGUUUUCAUCAUCACUGAAGGAGGAAUUUACACCUGCAGAGGAUUUAAAAUUGGGGGGACUUUUACAACAUAUAUGAGUGAUAAAGUCAUAAUAGAGAAAACUGAAAUCAAGGCAACUUUGAAAGCAGACAAAACAACCAUACCACCAGGGGGCAGUGUGACAUUAACCUGUUCUGUGGACAAACCUGCUGGUUUAACAUUUGAGCUCUUCAGAGGAUCUUCAUCCACCUAUCAGACCAGAGUUUCUCCUCGAUCAGAUGGAGUUUUCAGGAUCACAGAAGGAGGAAUUUACACCUGCAUAGGAUUUAAACCUGGGACAAACUUUAUGACAACUAUGAGUGAUGAUGUCACCAUUUAUAAGAGAGUUUCCAACAGAGUUUCAGUCACUUCACAACCAAACCGAUCUCUGAUAUACAGAGGAGAGAAAGUCACUCUGAGAUGUGAGAUCCAGGAUGAUGGAGGAACUGAGUGGACAUAUGAAUGGAAAACAACCAAUAGAAACUUUCCAUCAUCCAGUAAAUACAGGAUCAUCACAGCUACUAAGGCUGACAGUGGAGAAUACAGCUGUAAGGGUAGAAGAGGCUACGAGUUUACAGGAUGGAGUGAAGCCAUCAGACUGACAGUGUCAUCUGAUAAACCCAGAGCCACCCUGAAGGCAGAGAACGGAAUCAUACCAGCAGGGGGCAGUGUUACCCUGACCUGCUCUGUUGAAGGAUCUACUGGCUGGGAGUUCAGGUACACAUAUAGACGUUAUCCUGUAGUUGUAGCCUUCACAUACACAGAACCAGAUGGAACCAUCAGAGUCUCAGACGGAGGAGAAUACAGCUGCAGAGGAAGAAGAGGAGACUCAUCUUUUCUAUCAGAAACCAGUGAAGAGGUCACCAUUCAGAAAACUGUUUCUAAGCCGACUGUGAUCCUGCGACCACGUUGGUCUCUGGACGAAGAUAAAGUCCAUCUGGAGUGUGAUAUCCAGGAAGGAACUCAGUGGACGUAUGAAUGGAGAAAAAACAAUUUCAAUUAUUAUCCAGCACCCAGGAUCAUCACAGCUAACAGUGGAGAUUAUAGCUGCAAAGGAACAAGUGACUAUUUCUUAACACAGUGGAGUGAUGUCAUCACAUUAACUAUCUCUCCCAAUAAACCCAGUUUGAUUCUGCAAUCCAACUGGUCUCAGAUCUACAUAGGAGAGAAAGUCACUCUGAGAUGUGAGAUCCAGGAUGAUGGAGGAACUGAGUGGACGUAUGAAUGGAGAUCAACCAAUAGAAACUUUCCACCAUCCAGUGAAUACAGCAUCAUAUCAGCUACUCAUUACCACAGUGGAGAACACAGCUGCAGAGGAAAAAGAGGGUUUUCCUUUACACCAUGGAGUAAUGUUGUUAAAAUAACUGUAUUGUUUCCCCCUCAGCCUGUCCUCUCUGUGUCUCCAUCAUGGCCGAAUCCUGGAGACUCAGUGACUCUGAGCUGUGAGGGUUUAAAGCAUCAAUCAGCAGGAUGGAGGUUCUUCUGGUAUAAAGUUGUUCCUGAUCCAUCCAAGUGGUACCAGCUGCACUACACUUAUGAGCUGCUUCCUGGCAGCACCAAAGGGACUGAGCAGAACUCCUUCAUCAUUAAUGGACCGACUCACACAGGAAGAUUUGUGUGCAAAGCAGAAAGAGGAGAACCAAAGGUUUACACUUAUUACAGUGAACUAAAGUUUGUCUGGUCUGCAGAUCCUCGUCCAGCAGCUUCUCUCUCAGUGAAUCCUGACAGAGUUCAACACUUCAGAUACGACUCUGUGUCUCUGAGCUGUGAGGGAAACUCUACUGAGUGGAGAGUGAUGAUGUUUAUAGAAACAGAUCAACUGUCAGACUUUACCUGCUCCUACUGGGGGAAAAUGACUUCAUCUACAUGCACCAUUAACAUUUCCUGGAAUAAUGAUGGAGUGUUCUGGUGUGAGUCAAAAUCUGGAGAGUUUAGCAACGCUGUCAACAUCACUGUACAGGAUGAUGAUUAUGAUGGUGUUAUCCUGGUGAGCCCUGUUCAUCCUGUGACUGAAGGAGAUCCUGUUACUCUGAGCUGCAGAGAUAAAAAACAAAAACUUCUCUCCAAUGUGUUUUUCUAUCAUAAUAAUAAACUCAUCAAUAAUGACAGCAGAGAGGAGCUGAAUAUCUCUGCAGUGUCAAAGUCAGAUGAAGGUUUCUACAAAUGUCAACAUUCAGGAAAAGAGUCACCAAGGAGCUGGAUGUCUGUUAGAGUAACUGUAUCCAGUCCUGUCAGUUCUUCACUUCCUGUCAUGUUGAUCGUUGGACCAGUUGUUGGAAUCAUUGUCAUUAUUCUUAUUAUUCUCCUGAUCUUGUUGUGGCGCUGCAGACGGUCCAAAGAUCUGUGCUGCAUAAGGUCGAAGGGCUCAGAGGUCAGAGGUCAGAGCUCCACCACAAACCAGCCUGAAUGUCAUGAAUAUAAAUCUCUUUCUCAUGGUAAUGUUCAUGUCAAUGAGAUGAUCGGCUCGGCUGAAGCUUCUGGACAUGCAGCAGAUGAAGCCCCAGAGGUUACAUACUCUCUCAUUGAAAUGAAAUCCUUUAGGAAAGACAGGAGACAAGGUGGACCAGAAGAGGGCGCUGUUUACUCUGAGGUGAAAACAGGAGCUGCAGGGAAGUCGGGUCCUGCAGCAGCGGAGGCAGCAGUUUAUUCUGAAAUCAGAAAAGCACCAGCUGUGGAAAACAGUGCUGCCAUGUAGGCUGCAGGCUCUGAGGGUUUAUCCUGCAGUUUAUUAAUUACAAGACUCACAACAACUGCUUUGAUCACACAAUAUUUUUAUCCGUCAUAAGAAAUCUCCUAGAGAAUCUGCAUUGGUCACUCAAAGAAUAAUUCUCUGAGAUUCAAAUCGUCAGAUGUGCUUAAACUUUAGUAAAGGUUUUGCAAUGCAACAUUUUAUAAAGACUCACAAAUCGUUUUUUUAACACAAUGCAAAUUGUGAAUUGUUUUGUGUUUAUUUGUUUCUAGAAGUAUGUUGCAAUUAAAGUUACUAAAUUUGA